CGUUUACUUUUCGUAUGGUUGUCGUCUGCUUGAAACAUUCAGUAUUUGAAAAAAAGGUUAAUUGUUAUUGUUUAUUUGUUUCAUCGUGGAAGUUCUUCAAACAUUUUGAUAAUAUCCAGAAAUGGAAGAAAACAAUGGUGUUGAAUGUGAAUGUGGUGGGUCCAUGUUCCCGAAUCGUAUGACAAGUGAUGAGGUAUUUCUUCAGUGCCAAGAAUGUGGGACUACACAGCAAAUGUACGACGCUGAGGAUGAUGGUUUUGACUUCACAGGAACAUACGAUGGAGGUACAACAUAUGUCCAUGAAGAUGGAGAAGGAGCCAAAACAUCAGGCGUGAAAUACAAUAGAGCAAGUAUCUCUGAGGGAAGGAAAGCUGGGAAAGGUGUAAUCGAAACACUAUGCAUGAAAUUUAAUGCUGGUCGUUUAGAAAAGGAAAUGCUGGACAUUUUUAAACAUCUGAAAGCAUGGCGCAAUCUUACUUCAGUGGCAGCUGCUGUCUUCAUUUCUGUCUACCGAAGGGAGCAGCCAAUCUCCAUUAAACAAAUUUUGCCUGUCCUGAACGUAACCCCUCCAGUCACCAUGUCUUUACUUGGCGUAGCUGUGAAAAGAGUAGACAAAUACCGCAGAGAGAAGUUGCCCGCACCGCCUCAACCCUCAGACGAAUCAACAACAUUGGAAUCUGGAAGUAGUACAUGCACAAUCCCAGAGAUUAACAAGCAUGCCCGUUCAGUUCUACCCAACUUAAAAGUCCAGGAUCCUUUCAUGACGUCCGUGGAUGUAACUGAACGGGUCUACAAUAUCACGAAUAAGAUCGUCACAAUUUUCGAGCGGCGGACCAAGCAAAGUUUCGACCGUCGGAUCCUCACAAUCGCUGCAGGUUUCCUGGCUUGGCAAUCGUGUCAUUAUUAUGACAAGCGUUAUAACAGUCAAGUGCCUUUCACGGAGCUCAGGGAACCUAAAGAGAAAAGUGAUUUCCAAAAAUAUUUAACUCUUACCAACCUUGGGAUAGACGACCAAACUGCCCGCCACAUAACGAGGAGUGUGACUUUAAUCUCAAAGGAAUUGCUGCAGCUAUUCAAACACAUGACUUGGGUUGCGAAAACUAGGAAAUGCAAGAAUGAUGUACCCAAGUACCUAGAACAGAUUUUUCUAUUCCAAGGUAUGACUACCGACGCGCUGAACCAGGAAGAAGAGAUGAAGAGGCUUAAUGAACCCAUCAUCGCACCCAUUAUACCAAGAGAACUAACCGCGGAAGAAGAAGCGAUCUUGGAUGCGCCUGAAUUAAGUGAAAAGGAUUUGCCAGAUGCGGAAUUAAGCAAGUAUUUGCGCCCAGAAGUGGAACUGAAUCCCGUAAACGUCCAUCUAUCGUUUGCUGCCAACUUGGAUUCGGACCUCGCCGAGCUGGAGAAAAAACGAACAAUCAAGCAACAACAAAAGAAAAAAUCAAAGUCAAAAUCCAUCAAUUACCUCGAUGAUGACUAAGUUCACUUUCAUCGCACUUUUUCCUUUCUUUUUUCUUUUUUUUUUUUUUUCUUAUAAUUUAUAAAAUUCCACACCUUUGAGAAAGUUCCCGGACACUCUCCCUUUUGUAAUUUUCUUUUGACCGCUCUCUCGGCGCCGUGUUAUCAUUCUUUUAAUGUAUUAAAUGAUUGGUUCUCACAGCCGUAAACUCAGCGGGAGGGUUUUUUCUUAAUGUCGCUGUAGGGCGAUUCUGCUGGGAUGACCGUCGGAACUGUAUGCUUGGUUACUCAACUCGGAGAAUAAAAAUUUUCUAGAGAAAAGAAAAAGGAAGAAAGAAAAAAAAACAGCUGCAAAUGUGUUUGUGAAUGGGAAGCCCAACCAUUUACUUUAACUUUUAAGGAGUCAAGCACCCGCUCUUCUUCCGACUUUUUUUUCCUCCUUUUAUCCGACACGUCGUUUUCUCUUCCUCUUCUUCCUGUGUUUUUUCUUCUUGUGUUGUUUGGUGAGAGCCGUUUCUUUUCACUUUCGCUCGUUUCACCAGCAGGUUAUUCACCACUUUGGUUGUUGUUGUUGUUUUGUUUUUUCCCUUCCGAUUGGCAUUGCCUGCCCGGCUGUCGAGGCGCAUGGGAGAGGAAACCUCAGGUUUGUACAAGAAGCCGGUGUGAUCAUAAGAUCACUCGUUCACCGAUCGAGCUCACGAAGACUCCUCCUUGCAAAGAUUGCCUUUUAAAAGACCGCAUAGCUUGCUUUAGCGUUCAGUUUGUUGUUGGUACUUGAUUCGGGUGAUUGUUGUCCUGGCUUGUAAAAGGACAUUAGUUCAUCAUCAUCAUGGAUCCUACUUUAAUUCCAACAUUAAUUAUUUGUUUGAUGUCGCUUGUUCAGACUAAUCCUGUCGGAUUUAUCGGCGUACCACAUGAUCCUUCGGGUCAGGAAGGGCCCGGAAGUCUCUGGCACGUCUUCCGUCAAGUCCACGCUUCUGAAGUUGCCACCCGCCAGUUGCUGUCGUCGUCGAGAACCCCUUCAUCCAAAGUGGCCGAGACGACGAGAAUCAUCUCUAAAGAAGAGCGUGGCAGAUCUUACGAGCCUUCGUUUACCAUCAUCAGCCGCAUCAGAUCGCCCGUAGAGCAAAUGUUGGCCCUCCUGCCGCCACGACCCAGCUGGACGCCAAACUUCCUGGGCCGUCGAACGGAAGCCAUUCCCAUCCGUAAAGAAGAGUCGCCACCAUCGAGCCGGACGUCUUCUUCAUCUUUUAAUGCCUGGCCUCCGCACAACGCCAGCCAUUUGGUGAUAAUUGGCGAAGCGGAACCGGUCGUCGAGGCUGACCAGCAGCAGCGGCACGUGGAGUCAUCCAGAAAAUACGGCGGCCUCUUCACCGUCGAGAAAGGAAUGGUGCGCUAUCGGAGUUCUCAGCAGUCAGAAGAGGAGAUUAUGGAGGGCAACCUGAGCGGAAACGGGCACUACUCCCAGCCGGAAUCCCCUGUAACGUUUGGUCUGUGGGAAAUGAUGAAAACGCGCCGACCGCAGAAAUGGGAUGCGCUAAACAAGUUAUUACCUUCUCGGUCUACCACUGAGCUAGUAGCAACAACUCAGCCAACUACGACAACAUCUACGGCUCCGCUCAGCUGGAACGUCCAUGAUUCCGGGAAUCAUUCUGAAUCCUUUCAUCGGCUGGAGAACGACGACUCGGUUCUGGUAACGGACAUUAGCAGCAGCCGGACGGAAGAAGCAGAAGAAAAAGGUUCUUCGACCAUCUUACCUACCAGCAGCAGCCAGCAGUCUCAGUUACCGGAUGCAACUGAAGCCGCAAACCGUGACGGGUUUGUCCAAUCUGAAGACGACUCGAUCCGCACCACCCCACAGCCGACCGCGCUGCCUCAUCGAUUCAACAACAGCUGGUCGCUGGUGGUCCGGGUCGACGAUUCGACGUGUUACGCCGCGACGGACUCAUUUGCCAAUAACGGGACCAUCGUUUUCAAGCGGUUCCAGUCGGCCGGUCUCAAUCAAUCUGGUUGGACUGAUUUAUCAGGCAUUGAAAAUUAUUUUCCCGGCUUUGGCCGGAUCGCCGGAACGAAGCCGGAUCGUCUCAUUGUCCGCACCACCAUCGUAAUAGCCGAUGAAGAUGAGCAACCAUUAUCGGAACAACAAUAUUCAACAACCCCUCAAUCGAUAAACACGGACACGACGAUUGAAUUUCAAACGGUAUCUUUUGUUCCCUCGAAUUCCUCGCUAUUGACGGAGGAAAUCAUUACCAUCCACAAUGACAGCACAGACGCUGUUCCGCAUCAUUUGGAAUCGUUGAAUUUUGUAUUCAGGAAAGUGGAGGAUGACAAACCAGCCGUAAAUAGCGUUGAACCCAUCGACGACGCUGCAGACUUGACGGGUUCGGCUGUUGCAGUUGACGUGAGUAACGUGACGGCCAUGCCUACCAGUUCCACAGAGGAGCAAAUGACGCCACCGCUCCUCAAAACCUUGGAGAACCUGUUGCUAACCCAUUUAUUGCCUCCUAUUACCUCUUCUUCGUCUGCGACAUCUUCUUCUUCAUUACCAUCUAAUUCGACUUUUACGUCUCCUUCUCCAACUUCGAGUUCGACAACCAGCUCCUACCAUUUCACUUCUGCCGCCCCUUUGACGUCUACGAGCACCACCUCUUCUACUACUACAACCACGUCCACCGAAUCCUAUUUUCCGUGGGUGUUGCAUCAUUCGGAGCCGGUUCAGUCCAUCAACGAUUGGUCGAUCGUUUCCUCCCAGCUAAUCGAACCUGCUCCAAUGUCGUCGACCUACUCAGCUCCUUCGCCUUCCACUACAGUUUUACCAGAGAAAGUUAUACAAUCCCCUGCGCACUACGACCCGGCCAUCAACAAGGCAACAUUGUCGUCGCACACACUCAUCAUCCCGUCCAGGAAUCCGUCCUUGGUCCAGCAGCAACUCACUCCUUCCUAUCCGCCACGUAAAUCGUCCCCGGAUUCGUCUACCGACAAAUUUCCUUCGGCUUCUUCCAUUCAAAUGUUCACUUUGAAACCGGAAGUUGAGGCUCCUAAAAUCGUCACCAGCAAACCGGCUCCUAAAAAGAAUACGGGCCUAGCGUCGUUGAUUCUCGCCCACACUUCCGCUUUAAUGUCCGGAAACAAUUCGCCAUUUUUCAACGACGCCCGACGCUCAUCCACCAGCAAUAACUCUUCGUCACAGUCGGACGUCCGGCAGACCAAAAAGAAUAUUUUGCCGGAACCCCUUCCCGUCACGGCGACUGUUCACGUCAUCAUGGCCAGUCCGUAUCCCGAUUCCCUGGAACACGAGGAAGAACUCAAUCGCCGACGAUCUUUAGAUUCUUCCGUCAGGACUAACAAUCAAAACGCAAUUAGAACGGGGAAUUCUUCGUGGGCUUUUCCUUCCUUCAGUCAGCUGAUUCAAUCUCCCGGUCUAUUACUGACCAGCAGGAACUCGUCCUCUUUUAUUCGUGCGGUUAAUGCCUCGCCUAUUUCCUCGUUUAAUGGAAAUACCAACGACGAUCUGCCUCCUUCACUCCCGCGAUUUUCUUGUGGAAAUCAGUCUUCUUCCGACGAACUGGUUAUCACCAAUCCCAACUAUCCGAAUGCGGAUGAUGAAUCCGGCAACUGUGACUUUCGUCUUCUAGUGAAUUCGCAUCACGUCUGUCAGAUAAGAGUGGAAUUUCGCGAAAGUAGAAUGUUGCUUCCUAGAAAAGGAAAUUGUUUACAUCAAUAUUUGACCGUCUCCGAGUCGACUACGGGACGACUUAAAUCACCUGCCGUAGAAAACAAAUUGUGUGGUUAUAACUCAGACCAGCAUUUUUACGUGGAACUGGCUCAAUCGGAAAACACCGAUAAUCUUCGCCAUGUAGAUUUUAAAAUCAAUACCAAAGCGGCUGGAUUUCCUUAUCGCUACUCGAUGAUAGUCAAUCAGAUCAAUUGUGAUUUGCCCAGCCCAAACAAAGCUCCCACCGGAUGUUUCCAGUAUUUCAACAGCCGUACAGGUGUUAUUAAGAGCUUCAACUUUGACGGUGGUCAGUAUUGGAACAAUCAAAACUACAGGAUCUGUGUCAAAUCCAUCGACAAUUCUUGCACGCUGGCUCUAUCUAGUACCGAAGGAGAUUUCGGCAUCUAUAAAGCCAAAUCUCGUAGCGUUCCUGCCAAUCGAGCUGGCGUCGGAAAGAAAGCUUGUCCUCGUGACUACUUGUGGAUUCCGGGCACCACCCAGUCGGAAGAAAGAAGUUUAUCCAGUGAUACCCACGAUCGAUAUUGCGGAUCUAAAUUUAGCGAAAGACGCGGUGAUUUCCGUCACAGAAUAGUCAUGGCUCGCAUGUCCAAGAGUGUGCACAUGAUGAUCUUCCAUACCGGAGCGCCAAGGCACUUUAACGCCAGCGAUCACGGCCCAGGCUUCCGCAUCGACUUUGAGCAAACGAGCGAAUGUCCGAGUCAAUCCGCCAUUAAUAAUUACAACUACGCCUCAAAUGCGAACAUCAAUGGAACUGAUUUGCUAUUGGUCGACGCUGAUUAUUACGACGAAUCGGAUGAUGACAAGGAUCUUGUGAGCAUCAAUAAGAAAUCUUUUGAAUAGUGAUGAUUAUCGAUUUGAUUUUCAUUAUCGUUCCUACUAACUGUUACAUCUAAUCGCACAAAUAUUUGGAUUGCGUGUCUGCAUUUGAAUCUCAGUCUUAUAUAAUCUUGACGUGUGUAAAUAUCGUUAUAAUUGAGGUGUCUCUUUACCUGGCGAAUAAUGUUACAAUUGAAUGAAUUUGUUUUAAAAAAUGUAAUUUGAGAAAAACUGGAUAAUCAUUUUUAAAAAUGUCAAAUACACAAUGAUACAAAACAUAA